AUGCCGUCAGACCUCUUGGCUGUUGGCUGUUGGCUGUUGGCGGCUGAAGGCAACGGGACUGAUCUGGAACUGUAUCUGAAAUGGGGGCUGGGCCUGGGGGCUGUUUUAUGGACACCGGCGGCAGCUGAAGGCAUCGCUGGAAGCAUGGCAGCAGCGUGGCAGGCACUGCAGAAUAUGCCGAGCAUUGGCGGACUGGGCACCAUCCAUGGCCAGCACGCCGUCGAGGACGUUUAA